AUGACAAUGAGCGACUCUGACAUCCGUAAACCUACAUAUUCCGGCACCGGACCUCUAUCUCGGCGUCGAUCGUGGUGUUGCUCUUUCGCCGUUCCUCCGGCGAGUCCUGAUGCUCUUUCACUCUCAUCUCGUAACCACAUACCAGCUAAAGCGCCGCCGCAUCAGAGAACCAAACCGGACAAUGUUGAUAAACCGGUCCCCAAAUCGGUUCCUUGCUCACCACAGAGCUCCAAAUCUGCUUUAAUAGGUCGAAUCGACCCGCGUCGGAUCUUAUCGCCGGGUCGGGUUUCUCCCAUAGAUUCAGAUCCUACCAUCAAAACAAUCCAAGAGACCACUCACGAAGAAGAUGUGGUUGCAGAUUCUGCACCAGAGCUGCGUUCAGAGAGUUUCCGAGCUCCGAAGAUGGAGUCAACCGUCUCAGAUUCGGGUUCGGGUUACGACGCUAGGCUGAGUCUCAAGGGGAGAAAUGGUGGGGUUUUGGUGCUGGAGCUGAGCUCGGAGGUUUUAGCAGCGAAUUCGGAUGUGUUCGCUGCACUGAUUGCGGACAAGUCUUCAUCUUUAGGAUUGAAGAAGACAUGCAGGAUGGAAGUUUCUGAUGUGGAGAAUCUUGGUGUUUUCAGGGAAACUGUAGAACUCAUGUUUGAGGAAAGUAAUGGCAUUAUCAGCAAGUUUGUGAAAAUGGGUGUUUACAGAGCCAUUGAUGUACUCGAGGUAGCGGCUGGAAUAAAAUUUUCAAGAGCUGUCUUGUCCUGUCUGAAAUAUCUUGAAGUUGUUCCGUGGACAGAGGACGAAGAGGAAAAGCUGAGAAAAGUUCUUGCAAUUUAUAACUUCGAUGGUGAUACAACCAGCGAAAUUUUGGCAAGAUUUAAUUUAAACGAGACAGAAAAUUUACAAGACAGCUUAUCGAAGCAGCUGGUUUGGUCAAUAACAUCCUGCAGUGAUGUAAAUCCUAGAAACGAGCUAAAAUCAUUGGUGAAGGGUCUUCUUUGCAAAAGCUCGGUGUAUGAGAAACAACAGCCUGAGAUCAACAAGGAAGACAUAUAUAGAGCAGGCAAGCACUGUGUGGAUUCACUAGCUAAGCUGUUUGAAGAGGGCAAUAGUAGUAGCAGGAAGGGAAAGCCAUUGAUUGAAGUUAUAUCGAGGGAGGUAGAGAACAUAAUCUGGCUGUUGGAAAUCAUGAUAGAUCGGGAAAUAGCGGAAGAAUUUGUGGAGAUGUGGGGGAAGCAAAGAAGGUUAGUGGAAAUGCAUGAGAAGGCAUCGCCAAUGGUGAGGUACGAAUUAAGCAGAGUAACAGGGGUAAUGUUCAUUGCAAUGGGAAAGAGGAGAGUGCAAUGCGGAGGAGAAGCAAGAGCGGGACUGGUAGAAGCGUGGUUCAGGCCAAUGUUAGUAGAUUUUGGGUGGCUACAAAGAUGCAAGAAAGGAUUAGACAUGAAGGAGGUAGAGGAAGGGAUGGGGCAAACGCUGUUAACGCUACCGCUGAAGCAGCAGUAUCAAGUGUUCAUGGAAUGGUUCAGGUGGUUCUCAAAGCAUGGGAGUGAGUGUCCUAAUCUCAGCAAGGCGUUUCAAAUAUGGUGGCGUAGGUCCUUUCUCAGAGGUGUAGAAUCUUCUACUUGUAGGUAA